UCUCUCUCUCUCUCUCUCUCUCACAUUCAUGUCAUUAGCUAGUUUCUAUACCAAAACAUUUGGCCUUGGUGCUAUCAUUGGCGCAAGUAUGGAAGUUUUGUUAAUAAAAAGCAAUUACUACCAAAUGUUGGCUGCUGCAGAAGCUAAACAAAAACGAAAACAACUUUUAGAAGAACAAGAGGCGAGAGAACGAAUGACACGACUGACAAGCCAAUCUUAAAAACAACAAUGUUCAACCACGGAAGCGAGAAAGAAAAAACUGUUUUUCAGAAAGAAAGAAAAAAAAAAAACUAAACAUUUUCAUGCAGUUCUUUAUUUGGUAAAGGUUUUUCUCUUUUUUUUCUUUUUUAUACUUUUUAUAAUUUCAAUGGGUGCAGCAUUAAGUUGUAUUGCUUUACCUGCUUUAAGCUCAGUGGGAACAUGGCUUGCAAGUUGUUUUUCAGCAGCAGCUUGUUCACUUGCAUUUAAAAGCUGCAACUGUAAUAAUUCUAUAGCAACUCGUAUAGGCUAUGCAAUCAUUUUUCUGUUUAAUUCCAUACUCGCAUGGCUCAUGUUGUCUAAUUGGGCAGUCAAAAAACUAGAACACCUUACUUUGGAUUAUAUGAAAUUUGACUGUAAAGAAGGCAGUUGUUAUGGUGUUAUUGGAGUUCAUCGAGUAUCCUUUGCCUUGGUCUUGUUCCAUGCUAUCCUUGGUUGCUUAUUGAUCGGUGUACAUGACAGUAGGCAAAAGAGAGCAGCGAUUCAGAAUGGAUGGUGGGGGCCCAAGAUCCUGGCUUGGAUCAUCUUGGUCGUCGUCUCAUUCUUUAUCCCAAGCGGCUUCUUCAUGGUCUGGGGAAACUAUUUUGCCUUAUUUGGUGCGGCUGUGUUCAUUCUCUUCGGUCUUGUUCUGCUAGUCGAUUUUGCUCACAGCUGGACGGAAAAAUGCAUGGAAAAAUACGAAUACGAAGGAUCAAAUCUAUGGAAGAAUAUAUUGAUUGGUGGAACAUUACUUAUGUUUGCUGGAGCAAUCACGUUAACAGGCAUUAUGUACGGCUACUUUGCUACGAACGGCUGUUCCCUGAACCAGUUCUUUGUCACGCUCAAUAUGAUCCUUUGUUUACUUGUCACAGUCGUCUGUAUAUCUCCCAAGAUACAAGAAGCCAAUCCAAGAUCAGGACUGUCUCAGGCAUCCAUAGUCGUCAUCUAUUGUACCUAUCUAGUUUUGUCUGCUGUGGCCAAUGAGCCUAAUGAUAAGGAAUGUAAUCCUUUGCGUAAAUCGAUUGGUCCACAAACAACGUCUGUUGUCUUGGGUGCGGUCUUUACGUUUUUGGCAGUCGCUUAUUCUACAAGUCGUGCGGCCACUCAAGGUGGAGCAUUUAUCAGGAAAAGUUCGGGUAAACCCAAGUUAGGAGACAAUGAACCUUUAGAUACAGCCAGUGCCGUUCCUCUUUUACCAAAUCAAGUAGAAGCAGGUGUCAAACGAAUGAGUGCUCAAGGCUAUGAUCGAGAGCAUUUGAUUGCUGCUGUUGAAGCAGGUGCACUACCACGAUCUGUUCUUUAUGAAGAUGAAGAGGAUGAAGAGUUUGAUAAUAGUGAUGAUAAAGAUGAUGAGAAAUAUGGAUCGUUAUAUAAUUACUCAUUCUUCCAUUUCGUAUUUGCAAUUGCUGCAAUGUACAUUUCUAUGGUCUUGACAAACUGGAAUACGAUUCGAUUUGAGGACACAUUAGGAAGUGAUGGUGGUGACCUUGUUCGUAUCGGACAGAGUUACACGGCCGUUUGGGUUAAGGUUGUGUCGGGAUGGAUAUGCCACUUGAUUUACAUAUGGUCACUAGUGGCACCUGUGUUAAUGCCUGAUAGAUUUGCUGUAAGUUUUAUUUAUUUAUUGUGA